AACGUUCUCGCGGUCCUCGUACCCCUGCUGGUCCUCCUCUCCACCCUACUCCUCCUGCUACUCCUCUUCCUCAUCAUGCUCAUAAUCGUUCGGCGUCGAGCGCGCAUCGCGCUCGCAUCAGGUGACGGCCCACUGGACAUUGGCCGUGAGGAAGAGCUCGAGGGAGCUGGUGGGCUAGAGGGAGUCGAAGAGCGCUGGCUCUCCACGCAGGACGAGGCCACCCGCAGUGGUUAUGCGAGGGCGAAAGACUGGCUGCUCAGCCACCCGCCGGGGAGCGUAGCGAGCGAGAUUACCAUCAGCCAAUUCUUGUCGAUUCAGGAAAAGGGCGUGAGCGCAUGGAGCUUUGAGCCAGACUACGAAUCCAACUCGUCGUGCUUUGUCGAGGCGCGCACGGAGAUUACCUUUGUGGCAGAUGGAGAGGGCAUGUCCCCGCGCGAGGGAGGAGGAUGUAGUGUGCAGUCCAACUUGCCACUGCCCAAAGUCAACGACGUCUACUACUGGGAGGCCAAGAUGUUCUCCAAGCCGGCGUCUACCAACAUCAGUCUGGGUCUCGCCACGAAGCCCUACCCCUCGUUCAGGCUUCCCGGAUGGAGCAAGCAUUCAGUCGGCUUUUUCAGUCAGGACGGCUUCAAGUGCCACAACUAUCCCUUUGCUGCGCAGUCCUACGGGCCUAGCUACGUGCAAGGCGAUGUCAUCGGGGUGGGCUAUCGCCCGCGAACGGGGACCGUCUUCUACACGCGCAAUGGCAAGAAGUUGGAAGACGCCUUUAUAGGUCUGCAGCGCUACAACGUCUUCCCGACUAUAGGCGCCGAUGGGCCAGCAGAGGUGCACGUCAACCUAGGUCAGGCGGGCUUCGUCUUCAUCGAAGCGAAUGUCAAGAAGUGGGGACUCGCGCCCAUGACGGGGACUUUGGCGCCUCCGCCUGCUUAUGGUCAGGAGAGGGGGAGCAUACUGAUUGAGGCGGCGGGACCCAGUGCGAGGGCAGAGGGCAAC